AAAAAAUAUUUUUGUGGUUGUGUGACAAAAAAAUAUUUUUUGUUUUGUGUAAAAAUAAGCAGCACGUCGCAUUUAAUUUGUUUACGUGAAGAUUUAAGGAAUUAAUUGCAAAAUGUCGAGCGCUGACAGAAUUGAUUUUGAAAUGGAAGUGGAAGUAGAGAGUGCGUCUUCGGGACCGCCAGUAGAUGCUCCUAACCCAACAUCCCCGGCAGCACCUGCUAUCCCCAGCGGUGUUGGUGGUGGUGGAGCCAAGAGUGUGGUGGUCACCACCGCGACAACUGGCUCGGUGACAGUUUCGCUCCACCCGUUGGUCAUUAUGAAUGUGUCCGAGCAUUGGACGAGGUUGAGAGCACAAGAAGGUUCACCACAAACAGUUAUUGGAGCACUUAUUGGCAAACAGAAAGGCAGAAACAUAGAAGUUAUGAACUCUUUUGAAUUAGUAUUUAGUGUUAUUGAAGGAGACAUCAUUAUAGAUAGGGAUUAUUACAACUUAAAAGAAGAACAGUUCAAGCAAGUAUUUUCUGACAUGGAUUUCCUGGGCUGGUAUACCACUGGAGAGACUCCCACUGAGCGAGACAUAGCAGUUCACCGACAGAUCUGUGACAUCAAUGAGUGUCCUGUGAUGCUUAUGCUCAACCCCUCAGGAAGAAAUGGGGAGCAACUACCAGUGGUGCUGUAUGAAUCUGUGAUAGAUGUUGUUAAUGGCAGAGCGACCAUGUUGUUGGCCCCUCUCACAUACACAUUGGCAGCGGAAGAAGCUGAAAGAAUUGGUGUGGACCAUGUGGCUAGAGUGUCAUCUGGUGAAGCUGCUCUAAAUAGUUUAGUGGCUGAGCAUCUAACAGCGCAGCGCUCAGCUAUCAAGAUGUUAGUGUCCCGCGUGCGGGCAGUUUUGGCAACGGUGCGUGCGAUCCGUGACGGCGUUCUGCCACCGCGCCCAGGCUUGCUGCGAGAGGCGCGCGCGCUGUCCAACAGGCUGCCGCUGCUGACGUCACAGCAGUUCCGCACACACUUUUAUAAUCAAUGCAACGACGUCGCUCUAAUGACGUACCUAGGCACAAUCACCAAAGGCUGCAACGCCAUCAACCAGCUAGUGAACAGGUUCAACGUGCUCUACGACAGGCAAGGUAUGGGCCGGCGCAUGCGCGGUCUGUUCUUUUAGGCGGACUCUAAUAUCGUAAACGAUUGCAACCUCAAUGUAAAAACAACAAAUGUGUAAGCGCGUCAAUCGAUAAUCGAAUGAAUUUGUAUUAAUUUCAUGAAUUAGUUUCGAGUUCAUUUGAUUUAAUCACGACACCACGGUAAAGAAUUCGACAAAUAAUGUGAUGGCGUUUGUGGUUGAGAAACAACAUGUUGUAGACCGAAUGUUAAAAAAUAUUCCUGGGACUCUAUCGCAGCGCUACCUACCGGGUCAAAUUAUGAAUCUAAAACAGGGAUGCAUAAACCGCGGGCCGCAUGUGGCCCCUGUGCAUGUUGAUGCGACCCGCCACCGAUCUAAUAAAAAUAAGAAAUUACAACAACCUGAACCUUUAUUCAGUUGUUUUUAUUUUCUGCGGCCCGCUUUUAGCUCAUAUUCUGCCCGAGUAGCCCCUGGUCCAAGUAAGGCUGUGCCUCCCUGAUCUAAAACCCAGACAAACAUUCUAAAAGUGUCUAAAAUUAUUAAAUUCGGUCAGGUUUAUUUCUUUGACCGGCGACGCCUGUUUACAAAAUCAUCGGCAUUUCAUGUAACAUCAUAAAAAAAAACAAGUACCGUGAGAUAAGCGCUUUGCCUAUUUUGCAGUCUGUCGUCAAACAGACGAUCCAAUCAUCAGAUCUCGGCACAACUUAUUUGUAAUAGUUACGAUAUUAUCCGCAUUUAAAUGACAUUUAUGAUUACGCGAAUGAACAGCUCUCAGUGGACUGAAGAAAGUGUUUUUUCUAAUAACUGAAGUGUAUAUUGAAGUCAUUAUUUAAUAUCAUUAGAAGAUACUGAAGUUGUCUCAAUUUCGUAUGUCGUGAGUGAGACCCAUGGAGGAGGAUUUGAAAAUAAUGUAUGCUACUAUGAUGCAUGAAUGGAAAUUAAUUAAUAGUAGCGUAUAUUAUUUUAUAACUAAAUCAAAAGAAACCAUGUCGCAGUG